UUCCCUCCACAAGAUCAAACAAAACACACGAGUCUUCAUCUUCUCAACGACAAGAUCAAAUAAUGGCUUCUUCCCUUCUCAGUUGUGCAGCCACUGUUGUGCUAUUAAGCAUAUUGCUUGGAUGUGCAGACAAGGUGAGUGGGCUACGUCACGUUCCCAAAUCCCCUAAGACCGCUGAUGUCAAACACCCUGACUUUCUUGUCACCAUUGAGCCCAAACCAACUAUUCUCAUCCCCGGCGUUGGAAGGUUCUUGCUUCCUCCGAAAUGUAAGAAGCCGUUUUACCCUUACAAUCCUGUCACCGGAGCUCCCCUUACCGGUGGGGGAAUCCCAUCAUAUAAUGGUGGACAAGGAACCGGACCGCGCACCCAACUCCCUGGUGGCGAUGAUACGCUGGUCCCAAACCCUGGGUAUGAAGCUCCAACCCCAACCACUGGAGCUGGUGCAGGAAGCAACGGCCAAGUUCCACCAGUGCCACUACCCUGAGUACUAUUAUUUUGUCAACAAAUAAGCAUAUCUUAGAUGCAAACGGGUCUACUUUGCUGUCCUUAGUCUUGGUUAGAUAAGUAACCCUCUGUUUUAUUUGCCAUCUCUUUUUCUCUGUACUCUCUCUAUAUCUGCUACCAAAAGAGAGAAUAUUGUCCCAUUUUCUUCAGUUUAUAUCGUCAGAUGAAUUCAUUUUUACAUACCAUUAUAUUUAAUAAACUUUAUGUU